UCUGGGGCUAGUUGUCUUGUCUAAAUCUUCUUAGCUUAAAAAAUGACGAUUUUAAAGCUGCCUAAUUCUUUUAUUUUUCCCCUGUAAAAUACAUGUAAAAUACAGUUUCCAUUUUAUUGGUUUUUAUUUGUAGUUUUAUUUGUACGGGUGAAAUGUCCCGCCAUGACAAUACUUUUUUUCCAGACGGCAUUACUUCCUCGUCAUAACUGCCAAAUCAUACGUGUAAUCUGUUCUGUAACGGCGCUGAUAAACACAGCGGCGCGAUUUCUUUGCAACAGAUAUGUUCUGUGUCCAGUUUGACGUCUUUCGCGGGAUUCUUCUUUUUUGCUUCAAACCAAGUAUUUUCAUGUGUUCAGUAAAGAAUUUCUAGUGUCAAAGUCUGGUAAAAGAAAAUAUCUAUCGUAAAAUUCUGCGAUGAAGUUCUGUAAGAGGUAUAGAGAGUACAUGCAGGGGCUCCAAGAUCAACUGCCUGGAGUCUCAUUUAAGAAAUUCAAGAAAGUUCUCAAACAGUGCACUGUAAUAGAUCAUAAGCAAGGCGGCAAAAGAAUUGCUUCCGAUGCAGCGACCAGCUCAGGAGAGCUCAAUAAUGACAAUAAUAGCAGAGACGGAGUUGGCCUGCUAAUUAGGUGUCCCAAUCCCACUUCUUGCCCUAUCUGUGACCAGAAUUUUUUCCCAUUAUUGCUGGCUGAAAUGGCUGCCGUGGUUUGUUACUUCAAUGCACGGGCAAAGCAAUUAUUAGACUUGCACCUUGCCUCUGGAUUUCAGAAAUUUCUUAAAUGGAUGACAGGUAAAUUUGCUGGUAAGCAGGUAGCGAUGAUUCAAGAGGGCAACAAUUUGGUAAGCUAUGCUUCCAUCAACGCCCUGGCCAUUCACAAAAUACUUAAAAAGUAUGACAAGAUUCACUACUCAAAGCAGGGACGAGAAUUCAGAACUCAUGCACAGAUUAUGCAAAUGGAGAUUCUUCAUUCUCCAUUAUUGAAUGAGCUUAUUGCCUUCCACACGAACUUGAUGAAUGACAGUAAUAAUCUAGCAUCUGUUUCUGGGGAAUGGUCACUCACCUUUGAUGGUGGGAAGCCAUCUUUGUCUUGUAUCCUUCUUGAUUCACUCAAGAUCGAUAUUGACUUGACUUGUUCUAUAUGCCUGGAAACUCUAUUUGACCCAGUUUCCUUAAAAUGUGGCCAUAUGUUCUGCUACAGUUGUGCUUGUGCUGCUGCAUCAGUCACAAUCAUUGAGGGUUUAGAGAGAGCAAAUCGUACAUCCAAAUGCCCUCUAUGCCGACAGGAAAGCGUUUUCACAGAAGCUGUGCGAUUGGUGGAGUUGAAUAUUUUACUGAGUAAAAGAUGUGAGGAAUAUUGGGAGCAGAGACUUCAGAGGGAAAGAAUAGAGCGUCUCCAGCAAGCAAAGAAACACUGGGAAGAUCAAUGCAGAGCUUUCAUGGGACUUUGAACCUAAAUUUUUCCAUCCUGUUGGUCUUCAGCCGCUCCAUAAUUCAGAUUUCAGAAUUUCAGUUAUGAUGUUGAGUUUGGUCUUUGUCUGCAUUCAAAUAGGCAAAUAUGUAAAGUCCCCACCUGUUGAGGAUGUAGAAUGCCCUUUUAAAUCUAAGGUUUCUGCAGGAAGACAUUUUUCUUUUUCUCGAUACUACCUACUUCUUUGCUAAUUCAAUCCUGAAACAACUUAUAGAAAGGGUACAACAUAUGGGAUUCAGUAAUUUGCAAAUUCAAAGCGAAAGGAACACAACAAUAAUGAUAUUUUGUCUUCUGUCUUCAGUGGAUCAUAUCAGAAAAUGAUGCGACAUGCAAAGUUACUGGAGAACAGAGACAUAUUAGUAUCUAAAAUCAUUGCUUCAAAGAGGAAGUGUGUGGUGCAUUUCAAUAAAGUAGUUUUGAUUUCUGGAACUUAAACCAAGUGACCAUUAGUUUAGAAACUGUUCUUUAAGCUCAUUGAAUGUGAGGAUGUAAUUUCUUGAUCUAAUUUGUUAAAAGAUGAUUCCAAUUGAAUGCUUAAUGUGUACUUUAUUUUUCCGAA